UUUAAAGAAUGGGGAGAAGAUUAUUGUGGGAAUUACAAGAAAGAGCUGAAUAUAUUAAAAAACGCUUGUAGUACAGUCGAUUGUAGCAAAAAAGAAAAGGCUAAAAAAAUGGAAUGUAAAAAAGCUUGUGAUAAUUUUAAAAAAUUUGUAAAUGAAUGGAAAGAUCAAUAUAAGAAACAAAAAAAUGAAUUUGAUACUGACAAAAAGGAAAAAGAAAAUGAAGUUGUGUAUAAAGAUUUUCUAAACAAAGAAGCUUAUGAAUAUUUAAGCCAUAAUUGUGUAGGUGAAAAAUGUGAUUGUAUAGGAAAUGAAUCAAAGGAACCUAUGAAUAAUAGUGAAAAAAUACCUUCAGGAUUUGAUACACCACCAAAUGUUUAUAUAGGAAAAUGUUCUUGUUCUCCUAAUGAAUCUGCUUGUGAUAAUGAUGAACUUCCUAAAUAUCGUUCAGAACAUCAGCUGGAGUGCCAAGAACUAAAGGAAAAAGGUAAUAAUAAAUGUGAGCAAAAAAAAGAUCUAAUUGGAGAAAAUCCUAAUUUAAAAAAUGUUAAAUAUGGUUGGAAAUACAUUCCUCCAAGAACGAAGCAGCUAUGCUUGAACCAUUUAACAGAAUUAAUAAGUAAUAAUAGUAAUAUUCCUUCUAUAAAUAUAUCGGAGGAAAUGUUCUCUAAGGCAUUACAAAAAGAUGCAUAUAAUGAAGCAAAACUUUUGCAUGAAUACUACAAUAAAAAUAAAGAAAUAUUAGUAAACGGUGGUACUAAGGUAUCCGAAGGAAAAAUAAAUGAAUAUACGCUGGAAGCUAUGAAAAGGUCAUAUGCUGAUUAUUCUGAUUUAAUCAAAGGAAUAACUCAAUACGAUUAUAAUGGAAGAAAAACAAAAAUUGACGAGAUAAUAAAGAACAAAUUAAAUUAUGAUAAUACUAAUGGUAAAAAACAAGAAGACUUAUGGAAUAAAUAUAAAGCGGAUUUUUGGAAUGCUAUGCUAUGUGGAUAUAAAGAAUCCACAAAUAUAAAUACUUCCCUUCUUGAAAAAGAUAACAUAUGUACGGUACCUAAUAUGGACAAGAAAGAUGAAUUUAUGAGAUGGUUUACUGAGUGGGGAGAAAAUUUUUGUUUUCAUAAAUAUAGAGAGUUGGAAAAAAUGAAGGAAUCAUGUAAAUUUACUGAUUGUAAUAUAGCAUCUGAUGAUGAUAAAAUAAAUUGUCAUAAAUUAUGUGCAAAAUAUAAGAAAUGGAUUCGAGAAAAAAAGGUUGAAUAUAGAUUUCAAAGUCAAAAAUAUGAUAUGGAUCAUAAAUCAAAUAAUACAGGAAAAGAGGUUUAUGAGUUUUUAAAAGACCAAUGCAAUGGGAAAUGCGAUUGUAUAUCUGAAAAUAUAUCCGGAGAUAAUAAUGAUAAAGUGUUUGAGGAAUAUUCUGAGGAAGCUAAAAUAGCGUGUCAAUGUCCCCCUGUGCCAGGUACAUCAAUUGACGGAUCACCAUUGGGGCACAUAUUAAAUAUUAAAAAUGUUACUAAAGAAAGACCUGUGGAGGCUGAUCGUAAUGGUAAUCGAAAAGGAAAUUUUUCACCAAAUGAAUUAUAUAAUCCUUCAUAUCCAAUGAAUUGUGCAGAAAAGGCAGCAAAUGAAUUACUAGGAAAGGCAAAAAAGGAUAUAAAAGUUGAUAAAAAUAAAUUAAAGGGAACCCAGGACCUAAAUAUAUAUACUACGUUUCGUAAUAAUGGGUUUGGUGAAAAGUUAAGUUGUCAAAUUCAUGAUAUUUCCAUAAAUCCAUUUGAAAAACUUCCUUGUCAUGGUAAGGAAAAUCCUUUUGAUAAUAAAGAAAAAUGGGAAUGUAAUUCAAACCUAACAAAGGAAAAUAAUCUAUGUAUACCUCCUAGAAGAAAACAUAUGUGUACGAGAUAUUUGGAAACAUUCUUUUAUAGAAGACUUAAUAGUAUCGAUGAUUUAUUGAAGAUAGUAUUACCUACAGCAACACAAGAGGGGAAACAUAUAAAGGAUAAAUGGUUGACGAUAGAUCAUAAUAAUAACCGAACGAGCAAAAUAUGUGAUAACAUGAAAUACAGUUUUGCUGAUAUUGGUGAUAUUAUAAGAGGAACAGAUUUGCUUAUAAAAAAUAAAAUAACUGAUAGAAUGCAGAUUAGAAUACGAUCACUUUUCAAAAAAAUAUAUGAUAAAUUAGAAAAAGAUGAUAAAGAAAAGUAUGGAAAUGAUAAACCAUAUUAUUAUAAAUUAAGAGAAAAAUGGUGGUUAGAAAACAGAAAAACCGUAUGGCAAGCCAUAACAUGCGCAGCGUCUCAUGAAAAUAGUCUUUUUAAAAGAGGAGAUGCAGAUAAUUCAAAUAAUACAAUAUAUAUUCAGAAUAAUUGUGGUCAUGAUGA